AUGGUUCAUUUCUUAUUGAUUAUUAUAUUUUUCAUAUUCUCAAUAUUAACAAACGCACAAAUCGACAGUGAGACUUCUCCUACACAAUCACCAUGGUUUUGGCCAUUAUUAAGUAUUUGUCUUGUACUUAUAAUUGGUAUUCCAUGUAUAUUCUUUAUUGUAUUUAUUAUUUGUCGUGUUAAAUAUAAGAUAAAUUAUGAUUCAGAUGAAUCAAGUAUGGGUUCAAAUUUAUCAUCAACAGCACCACUGCCAACAGUACCAGUUCAGCUGGAAAGACAACGUAGACAUAUUCGUCAUCAACGUUCACAUUAUGUAGACGGUUUUCGUACUCCACCACCUCCUUAUACAACAACUGAACAACCACGAACUCUUUUUGUAACAACAUCACCUCCACCUUCAUAUGAGUCUCAUAUUAAUGAAAAUGUACCAACAACAAAUCCUUCGACUGCAAUUAAUAUUCAAUCAACGGAAUCUAUUGAGAAUCCAACAACAACAGAAAUAUUCGAUGUAUCAUCAUCAACAAUAACAAGUCCAUCUAUGCAAACAUUUCAAGUUUAA